AUGUUGACUCACCAUUUAUCGAAAUUCGCUACUCCAAAAUUCUUAGUACCAUUUGCUGGUGCCACUGCUUUAUCAAUUGGUUUGGCAUUACAAUAUUCCACUUCCAACAAUUACAUUGCUAAUGAAACUGGUAAAACUUUCACCGAUAGUAAUGAAUGGGUAGAUUUGAAAUUAUCCAAAUCAAUUGAUUUGACACAUAACACUAAACACUUGGUUUUCAAAUUGAAAGAUGAUGCCGAUGUUUCUGGAUUGAUCACUGCUUCAUGUUUGUUGACCAAAUUUGUCACACCAAAGGGUAACAAUGUUAUUCGUCCAUAUACACCAGUCUCUGAUGUUAACCAAUCUGGUGAAAUUGAUUUCGUGAUUAAAAAAUACGAAGGAGGUAAAAUGUCAAGUCACAUUUUUGAUUUGAAAGAAGGUGAAACUUUGUCGUUCAAAGGACCAAUUGUCAAAUGGAAAUGGGAACCAAACCAAUUCAAGUCUAUUGCUUUAAUUGGUGGUGGUACUGGUAUUACUCCAUUAUACCAAUUAUUGCAUGAAAUCACUUCUAAUCCAAAGGACAACACUAAAGUUAACUUGAUUUACGGUAAUUUAACUCCAGAAGAUAUCUUGUUAAAGAAAGAAAUUGAUGCUAUUGCUUCUAAACAUAAGGAUCAAGUCAAAGUUCACUACUUUGUUGACAAGGCAGAUGAGAAGAAAUGGGAAGGUCAAAUUGGUUUCAUCACUAAAGAAUUCUUGCAAAAGGAAUUGGAAAAACCAAAUCCGGAUUUCAAAGUCUUUGUUUGUGGACCACCAGGUUUAUACAAGGCCAUUUCCGGUGCUAAAGUUUCCCCAACUGAUCAAGGUGAAUUGACUGGUGCUUUGAAAGAUUUGGGUUUUGAAAAAGAACAUGUUUUUAAAUUCUAG